UGGGGGGAUUACACAGUCACACGCCCUGGCUCCCGAUGAAAUAUGUUGCUCUCCUCAGUGGAGGGAAAGACAGCUGCUUUAACCUCUUACACUGUCAAAAGAAUGGUCAUGAACUCAUAGCUGCUGCCUCAUUGCGACCUGAACAAGGCAAAGAGGAACUCGAUUCGUAUCUUUAUCAGACAGUAGGUCAAGAUGCAAUAGAAUUUGUUGCACACGCCCUAGAUGUCCCUCUUUAUCGGGAAACCAUCAUUGGAACGGCAGUUGAACAAGGCUCAGAAUACGGGACGCGUAGCUCGAGGAAAGGCGUAGACGGAGAUGAAACGGAGGAUCUAUACAAUUUACUAACAAAUGUCAAGUCUCAUCAUCCGGAUGUUCAGGGAGUGUCAGUUGGCGCCAUCUUGUCCAACUAUCAACGCGUACGAGUUGAGCAUGUGUGUCAGCGCCUUUCCUUGACUUGUCUUUGUUAUCUUUGGCAGCGAAGACAAGAUGAAUUACUGUCGGAGAUGAUCGAGGCUGGGAUGGAAGCCAUCCUUAUCAAAGUUGCUGGAAUAGGAUUGACCACGAAACAUCUGGGCAAGUCGCUUGCAGAAAUGAGACCUACGCUCACCAAAUUGAACGACCUCUACGGAUCGCAUAUCUGUGGUGAAGGCGGAGAAUACGAAAGUUUAACGCUUGAUUGCCCACUUUUCAAAUCUCGAAUCGUUUUGACAGAUGUAGAAACGGUUAUUCAUUCCGAUAAUGACUUUGCAACUGUUGCUUAUCUUCGCAUAAAAAACGCGCGUUUGGAACCUAAGCCCACCUCCGAUGCCCAUGCACAACUCACGGUCCCGCCGAUAUUGGACAAAGACUUUGAAGCAGUCCGCACUUCUAUUACCGAGGUGGAACCGCAUUCAUUUGCUGUCCAUUUGUCCGAAUCGGUUCCUCAUUCCCUUGACUUCACAACAGCUACUAAAUCGAAUGGAAAAUGGGUAGCCGUAACGAACGUCCAAAUCGAAUGUUCUGCAGACGCAUCCAUCGAGGACGAAAUCACGCAGUGUUUCCACCUUUUACAGGAGCGGCUUGCCUCCCAUAAUCUAUCACUCGCCCACAGCGCCAUUAUCAACCUCUUCCUUUCAUCAAUGGAUGAUUUCGCCCGCGUUAAUUCGGUAUAUGCUUCAUUCUUUGGUACAAGCCCUCCGUCCCGAGCCUGCGUCGCGCUCGACUUACCCCCGGGUAUUCGCGCCCGGAUCGAUUGUUUAGCCUUUGUUGAAAAUAGGAAUAAUGUCAACUACGAGCGUCAAGCGUUGCAUGUUCAAAGCCAAAGUUAUUGGGCCCCCGCCAACAUUGGGCCGUAUUCUCAAGCUAUUUUAGCGGGAGAACGGCUCUUGAUAUCCGGACAAAUUGGUUUGCUACCCAGUAGCAUCGCUUUACCUUCUUCGCGCUCGUUGGCCACGGAAACAGCUUUGGCGAUACAGCAUGCUGAUCGAGUUGUUGCAGCACUCAGGAACGGAUGGGAAGGUCAUACUCAGAUGGCCAUUUAUUGGCUCAGCGAGGUUGGAUAUAUCAAUGCUGUGAGGAAAGCUAUCGACGUGUAUGAUAGGGACAAGGUCUCCGUGAAGCUUUUAGUAGCGGUGAAAACUCUGCCGAAGGGCGCUUUGGUUGAGAAGCAGGUUAUGGCACAUACCGGUCGAGCUUGGAUAGAAGAGGAGGAUUCUGACUACGAUAGCGACGAAAAGAAAGAAUUGGUACUAAAAACAGUGCAACCUAUUUUCGAGCAAGGGAAUAUCGUAGCCGGUAAACUGACUUUACACUGGGAGACUUCACAGUCGCAUGAUGCGCCUGAUUCUAUCGGUUGCACUAUGUUGUGCCUUCAAGGAGAAUAUGCUGAUAAUGAUGUCGCUCUGGUCGGAACGCAACUAAGAUCCAUCCGGUUCCUUCAACGAUGUUUGAACAAUAUGUUGUCGAUACGAAAUUUCUAUAAUGUGACUAGAAACCCAAGUUCUAUUAGAUCUCUCGUUUCCAUCAUAUUGAAUUCUUGGUUAGAUAGAAGCAGAGACAUACCGCCCGUCACAUCUAUCCCUUCGAGAUCUAUCGCUACCCAGUCGGAGGACGACUGGAGCAUCGUUCUGUUAAUCAUAAACUAGGUCUAGACCCAAUUACGUUGAUUCCCGCAGAUGGACAAAAGUACACAAACCAAUACAUAUAUUUAACGCCAAAUUGGGCACCGAUCGAAGAUGUAUUGACCUGGUGUUGACGCUCAAGUCUCGACUCUGAAGUUAUGAAGCCUCGAACAUUUUACCUUAGGCUCUAGCUUGUGUUGGCUCAACGGUCUAUCACUCACCUGCGAUAUUUGAUUGGCUGCUAGUUGGUUGUACCCCUGAUUGGCUGGAGUCUGCACUGGACAUUUUAGACCAGCCGCCGCAUCCAUCUGGAUUCGUAUCUAAA